AUGACGUGGGAGCCAAGCAGCAGGUUUGUGCCAUCUUCGCAUACGCAUCGAUUCGUGGUUGAGCGCCUCUCCCGCAGCGCUCAAGAAACAGGAGUUCAACUAUGUUCGAUCGUAUUGUUGGGUGCCGGAGGCGUUGGUAAGACGGCUAUAGUUUGUCAGCUGAUAACCUAUACACAGCUAUACGACCCUACAAUAGAGGACACGUAUAUUAAGGUAACGACUGUGGACAGUGUUCCAUGUACCGUUGAGGUGGUCGACACAGCAGGACAAAGCGAGUACAUGCCCAUCACCGAACAGUGGAUCAAGCUCGGACAAGCGUUCAUCCUUGUUUACGAUAUUACCUCUCGAGCAAGCUUCGAGCAGCUGCGCAUUUUCCGAGGAUAUAUGCUGAAGCAUCGACGUUCUCUGCCAUCGUGCAUGCUCGUCGGAAACAAGUGCGAGCGUGCGUUGCAGCGGGAGGUACCAACAGAAGAAGGGCAAGAGAUGGCCCAGAGCUUCGGGUGCCCUUUUGUGGAGGUUUCUGCCAAGACGGCGUGGGGUGUUCCUACGCUUUUCGAAAACUUCGUCCGCAUUUUACGCUUAAAGCCCGUUGACGAACGUUCCUCUACAUCGCGCCGAUUGUCAAGGUCGUUUAGGUCAAGGAAGAGCGGAUGCGUUCUUAUGUGA